UACAUUCCUGCCAUGUGCGGUCAUAGUACCUUGCUAGACACUCGGCACCGCCCCCUUCUCCGCCUUGGAUAUCCAGUGCCAGGGAGGUUGCUCCUAGCAGGUUAGGUUGAGCUCUACACGGUUCUUGGCUGUCAUGGAGUUGCCGGUGCGGGAUGGCUGGUUCCGGGAGACGUGCAGCCUGUGGCCCGGCCAAGCCAUGUCCCUGCAGGUGGAUGAGGUGCUGUGUCACCGGAGGUCCCCGUUCCAGGAGAUCCUGGUGUUCAGAAGUAAGACCUAUGGAAAUGUGUUAGUCUUGGACGGCCUAAUACAGUGUACGGAGAGGGACGAGUUCUCCUACCAGGAAAUGAUGGCGAACCUCCCGCUCUGCAGCCACCCGAACCCACGCAAGGUGCUGAUCAUCGGAGGAGGCGAUGGAGGAGUCCUGAGAGAGGUGGUGAAGCAUCCGUCUGUGGAAUCCGUGGUACAGUGUGAGAUUGAUGAGGAGGUCAUCAACGUCUCCAAGCAGUAUCUUCCAGGAAUGGCCAUGGGGUACUCCAGUCCUAAGCUCACCUUACAUGUUGGUGAUGGUUUCCAGUUCAUGAAACAGAACCAAGAUGCGUUUGAUGUUAUCCUGACGGACUCUUCUGACCCUGUAGGUCCUGCAGAAAGUCUUUUUAAAGAGGAUUACUAUCAGCUGAUGAAGACUGCGCUGCGAGAGGGCGGGAUCCUCUGUUGUCAAGGGGAAUGUCAGUGGCUGCACCUAGCGCUCAUUAAAGAGAUGCAUCAGUUCUGCAAAUCUCUCUUCCCUGUGGUAGAAUAUGCGUACUGCACCACGCCAACUUAUCCCAGCGGCCAGAUCGGAUUCAUGCUGUGCAGCAAGAAUCCCAACACUGAUUUCCGGGAACCAGCGCACCCGCUCUCACAGGACCAGGUUGAUGCCAUGAACCUCAGAUACUACAACUCCAGCGUUCACCGUGCAGCGUUUGUCCUCCCGGAGUUUACACGGAAAGUAAGACUCUUCCCGGUUCAUUCACAGGCACUCAGCAAUGUGUGACGCGCCGGCAGAGCCGACAUCUCUCUGGGAGCAUCAGACCUUUCAUCCAGGGAAGACGAGAGACUGUCCCAUCUGGGAUACAACGCGGGACUUAUACUCUAUUCCAGUGCUGGCAACUGUGAUCCGUACCCUCCUCUGGGGGCAUCCCGUGCAUGCAGCCGUCAUUCACUUAUUCUGAGAGCGCGGCUGAAAGGGUGAAGUUGUCAACUCCCAAAGCCCCUGUCGCUGUCAGCGUCCUCCAUAUGUUACCUAUAUAUAUAUAUAUAAUUACAGGGCUGAGGUGACAGGCCUGCAAGCUGCUGAUCUACACCCCCCCCCCCUCCCCCUUCUUUUAUUGCUUUUGGUAAGGUGUAUUGGGUUUUGUACACAUCUUAUCUCCCCCCCACCUCCCAGUCACAACCAUGGCGUCACACCUGGGUGUUUAGCUGUGUGAGUGGGGGGAGUACAGACGUUGGGGGGGGGGGGGGGGACGGAUUGGUCUUCAGAUUGUGAAUGUUACCGGACAGUAAACUGAUUCAACUAAA